AAUUGAUCACACGAUGUGUGGAACUAUAUAAUAAUUUCUCCUUUAUAUGAGGCCUAAAUUGAACACAUGCAGCGUCGACAGCCACACUUUCAAUGCCCUGAUUAUUAGUUUGUCCAUAUCUGAUAUCUCAGUUCAUAGUCAUAACCAUUUCUCACCCAAGCAAACAGUAUCAGUGUACUACUAGAGUUUUUAUCUUUUAUUUUGGCAAGUCUUCAAUCCCAAAAUAAAGCCAUACCUAUUACCUUCCUUCUUAGGCAUGCUCAUGGCUUCCUGCCUCCACUGAUGUUGCAAAAUGGUAAGAACUCCUUGCUGCAGCCAUGAGGACUUGAGAAAAGGAGCAUGGACAGUUCAAGAAGAUCAGAAACUAAUAGCUUACAUUCAGAAACAUGGCACAGGAAGCUGGCGUACCUUGCCACUCAAAGCUGGUCUUCAGAGAUGUGGAAAGAGUUGCAGGCUUAGAUGGUUUAACUACCUAAGACCCGACAUUAAGAGAGGAAAAUUAAGCGAAGAAGAAGAGCAGACAAUUAUAAAAUUUCAUGCAAUUCUUGGCAACAGGUGGUCAAGUAUUGCAAAGCACAUACCAAUGCGAACAGACAACGAAAUCAAGAACUAUUGGAACUCAUAUCUGAAAAAGAAAAUUGAAAAGAAGGUUGAUAGUUCCACAGAAUCAAAAUCCAAUGACUUGUACAUGGUUUCAUCCAAGAAAACUCCAUGCCAUAAUGAACCAAACUCCACCACACACCAAUCUCAUCAUCACACCUCAUCCAAUUCAAUGUCAUCUUCUACUCAGCUUCUCAACAAAGUUGCUAGUAAGAUUCUGGCAUCUGGGUACCUUGAAGCAAUCAAAUCAUGCCAACCUAUUGUUGCUAGUGAAAGUGUGUUCAAAACAGGAAUUGGGUUAGAAAAGGGCAAUAACAAUAUCACAGAACCCGUUGUGCCUAAUUUGGCCUCAUCAAGUCAUUCACUAACUUCUGCUAAGUUACUAAACAAGAUGGCUACUUCUCUCCCUCAUAAAGCUGAUGCAAAAGCUGUGAUUUCGAAAUUGAUGGAAAAUGGUGAAAAAGGUGAGACUAGUACUAGUGAUGGUAGCUUUAUUGGCAGUGAUCAAGUUGGAGGUGGUGGUUGUUUAAGUGCUUUAAGUUUAAGCCCUUUUGAGGAUGGACCACACAUAGGAAAAAUAAUUAAUGGCUCUCCCUCUAGUCCUACAUUAAUGUUCAAUCAAGAAACCAUUACCACACCCUCGUGCUUUUCUGAUAAUGAAGAUAAUUGGCAAUGCGUUUCAUCAAAUGUUGCUUCCUUCAGAAACUUUGAAACAAGUGGUGGUGACUGCAGUGUGUCUGAAAUCAACUUUGGUGAGUCUUCUAGCUCCACGUCGUGCUUCCUGUUUGAAGAUGCUGAUCUUCUUGGAACGUGUGAUGAUGAUAUAACCAAGUACAUUCAGUAUUUGUAGCACAAUUUGAAGGCCUUUUACUGUUUUGUAAUAAGAAAUUAUGUUCCUUGUAACUUUUUUUUCCUGUAACGGCAGUGUAAAAAUAAUAGCGAAAAAUGUAUAUAGAAUAAAGAGAAAUGCUUUCUUA